UCCUCCUCAGCUACGCUUUUCUGAGUAAAACUGUUUGUUUAGUUUUUUAUAUCAUGUAUAAUUCUUCAUGUGAUUCGUAUAUUGCCUCUACUUUAAAUCAAAGUUCCUUCGAUCACUGGCCCCUUGCCUACCCUACUCAGCAGGAGGUUCCGAACCCCUAUAUUCCUGUCCCUAAUACCUUAGAGGAACUUAGAGCCCAGCAGAACAAGGUCUGGACUCCUAUCCCCAGCGCUGUCCACACUCUUGAAUACAAGAAAGGGGGCACGGGGUCAUACCGUAACAACCGUCCAGCUACCAGAUCCAGGGCUAACACCGGCCAUAAGAAACCAACUCAAGUAAAAAAGCUUAGAAAAUCAGAGAAUCAAAUCGAGGUCUUGAAGAAUUAUUUCAAGGCUAACUCAAAGCCUGGAAGGGAAAACGUGGCUCAGCUAGCAGCAGCUACAGGACUAAAGUUUUUGGAGGUGAGGAACUGGUUCCGAAACGCAAGGCUUAGAAACAAGGAGGGGUCUAUGAACCAACAAGGAAUGGGAACAAAGAGUGAGGAGGACAGCUGCGGAGAAGUGAGCUCUUCAACCGGGAGCAAUCUUCCUAUUAAUAAGAGCCAAGAGAUAUCUAUGCUUUGGGAGAGACUGGAUAACGAAGAGAGAAAGAACCUUCUCCCCAAGUACCUUACUACUUGGGAAAAAGACAGUCCAGAGAGGACUGAGGUGAUAAGAGCUCUGUUGAAGACACUCAGUACAACUGAAAGGAAUUUUGUUCACGGUGCGGUGAAACCUAGAGGACCUUACAGAUGUUCAAGCGAUAAGAACUUGAGUAAAACAACAAUACUGGAACGAGCUAAGAACGCGUGGAAAGAGCUGGAGAGGAUGUUUGGAGCAAAUAAACAGAAGAGUCCGGUGGAGGGUUUCCAGGACAACUUGAGUCUCAAUCUGGAUAGAGACAUGCUGGAGGGUCUCAAGUCUCUGUUCCAAGCGCACAGGGACUACUUGUUCUACCUGGUCAAGGAGAUGGGCAUUGACACCAGCGAUGAGAAAGAUAUGGGCAAACUGAAGACUGCAAACUCUCUACAGAGAUACACUGAAGACGACAUGUUUAUACCACAUCCACAGUACGGCUCAGUAAGCCCGGGUACUAUGGAGAUGUUACAACCCUACACCCAGAAUGUCUCGGCCUUAAGUAACAGCUACCCGCCCUCUGUCUACCCCAUCAUGCCGGCCACCCCCACCCCGAUAUACCCUACUACUGACUUCAUGUCCUACCCGUAUACCAACAGUCAACACUCAUAUCCCCAGACCAGCCCUCUACAGCUCGGCGGCUCCACCACCUCAGCCUCAGCCCGCUCAGCCUGGGUACCCACUCUGACUCCCACGGAGGAUCGCAGCCCCAUUCUCACCAAGUCCUACUACCCGGACACUGGACCAGACUACAGUUUUGUCAAGAACCACUUCUCUCCCGAGAAACUGUCAGCUCAUCAUCAGCAGCCUGAAAAACCUAUUAUUAAGCCUUUCUCAGAGGUCGGUGGAAUGUCAUUCAACUACAACACGGCCGGUCCGAACACGGAAAUAACUCAGAAGUGCACAUUUGUCAAGUACUACGAAGUUACCUACAAUAACAAAACUUGUCCGACGACCGGCACACAAGUGACGGCAGGACCCAAAUCUCUCCCACUCCAACCCCUCCAGUCCUUGACAGCUCCUCCAUCCUCCAAGUUUGAACAACUUCUUUGAACUUCUAGAAAUCUUAUAUGGACUUCUUUUUGUUUCAGUAUGAUUAUAUUGGGCUAAGAAAUAACUUUGAAUGAACUCACUUUAUUAAAGUCUUGUUAGUUUUGAGGUAGCCACUAACCAGAAUAGUUGCGACUGGAAAUUUUGUAAAUAAACAUUUGAUCGAGAAGCAUGUGAUUUGUCAAGCAAAAAUACUUAUUUAUAUUGCUGACAUAGAAUUUUCGAUUAUCAUAUCAUUGAUGUAUUUUGUAUUUGUUUGAUAUUUGUAUUUGCUACAUUUU